AUGGAGAUUUCUUCUCACCAGUUUCACCUCUUGCAGCAACUCAAUGAGCAGCGCAGGCAGGACUUGUUCUGUGACUGCAAUAUCUUGGUGGAGGGAAAGGUUUUCAAAGCCCAUCGCAAUGUGCUGUUUGCCAGCAGUGGUUUGGUUACUUCGCUCCUGUCCCAGAGCUCUAAGGAGACCAGUCAGUCCACCACAGCCACCUUCCAGGCCUUUUCUCCUGACACCUUCACAGUCAUCCUGGAUUUUGUGUAUUCAGGCAAACUGUCUCUCACGGGGCAGAACGUCAUCGAGGUCAUGUCAGCUGCCAGCUACCUGCAGAUGACAGAUGUUAUCAGUGUGUGUAAAACCUUCAUCAAGUCCUCGCUGGACAUCAGUGAGAAGGAGAAGGAUCGUUACUUCAGCCUGUCAGACAAAGAUGUGAGCUCCAACGGCGUGGAGAGAUCCUGUGUGUACAGCGGGGGCUGGAAGGCAGAGAGCAGCCCCCCACAUUCCCACUCCAGCCCAGACCCAGGGACGUGCAUGAUGGGUGGAAAUGCUUGGAGCAACUUCAACUACUACCCAGCGUCUCAGAGAAAUGCCCAGCAGCAGCUGUCCAAACACGAGCAGCGGCAGGAGGCCGUGAAGAAGCCGCGGCACCUGGGGCUGCAGCAGCCUGCUGACAUUCCCCACUACAAAUCCAGCAAGCUGGAGGACAGGGCAGCUGAGCCCACAGGCCACACUGCACCAUCUGAGGAGCAAGUUCACAUUGACACAGAGGUUGAGACUCCUCACGUUGGCUACCAGUACGGCCAAGGAGCUGAGGUGACCCAUUAUUUUCUGCCAGAUGACCUGUCCAGGAUGAGGUUCAAGUGCCCAUUCUGCAGCCACGUGGUGAAGAGAAAAGCUGACCUGAAGCGUCACCUUCGCUGCCACACCGGGGAGCGUCCCUACCCCUGUGAGGCCUGUGGCAAGAGGGGGCUGGGUCCCCUGAGCAGCCACUUCCGAACUAUCCACCAGGCGUGUAAGCCAAUCUGCAGGAAGUGCAAGCGCCACGUGACGGAGCUGACGGGGCAGGUGGUCCAGGAGGGGACGCGACGCUACAGACUCUGCAACGAGUGCCUGGCUGAGGCUGGCAUAGACAGUAUCCGCAUUGACUUGGAGGCUGAAGCACCCCUGGAGUUCUCACAGGAUGGGGAUAAGGAUUCCAGGUGGCACUAUGGGGAAGACAACAGAUCUGACGUGGAGAUCGUGGAGGAUGGGUCGAGCGACUUGGUCAUUCAGCAGGUGGAUGACAGUGAGGAUGAGGCAGAGGAAAAGGAAGUCAAACCAAAUAUUAGGUAGUUGCAAGACAAGGAU